ACUUUAGGAUCGAAAACCGCAAGGACGUCUCUUAAUAUAAAAAGUACGGGUCUUGAUUCGAUUAGUAUUGUGCUUUAUCUCAGCAAACGUGCCGCAAUGGACAAAAAAGUAGCUUGCGUCACUCUUUUCUGCUUUGCUUUGGCAAAUGCCGAAAUCAUUCCCUUGCAACCGGGCAAUAUUCUGCAAGGGCCGAGUACCAGAACCAAAGUGAUUGGACCUGAUGGUAGCAUAAUCGAUGCUUAUGCACCAGGCGGUAAAAUUGUCUUGGAAGGUGACACUGGACCUCUACUUCAACCAGCUCCCGUAGUUUACUCCCAGGCAGCUGUUGUGGAACCCCAAGUGUAUUCUCCCAUCAGCGUUCAACAACUAGUUUUGGCUGAACACAAUUCUAACUCAGUAGAAGCCGUAGCUCCAGUCCAAAAAGUUGUAGCUGACAGCAUUAGCGUGGAAGCCUCGAAAAUCUCCAGGGUGUCCGAAGAUGGACAAAAGGUGUUCCUUCAUCCCGGUACCCCUGAGCGAGUAGAGACUAGGGAAUUCGUGCCAGUUACUGAAGAUUCGGAAGAAACCGCUACUCCCACCACUGAAACAGCAACCAUUGAAUCAUUCACUGAAGAUUUAAGUGGAACUUACGUACCGGAUAAUUUUGAACGGCUGUUCGAUGAUGGCAGUUACAGACCUGAGCAUUUUUAAAUUCAUUUUGGAGACUGAGAUAAUGUUUAAUCGCUUAUUAAUUGUAUUUGAUAAAUAUACGUAAUUUAUAUA